AUGAAUUAUUAUACUACAUUAGAUGGAGGAUCAAAAGUUUAAGAUUUAAUCGAAUAGAUUAGAAAAAUGGAUAACACUAUUUCUGAAGCUGUUAAUUAAAGAAACAUUAAAUUAUAAUCUAAUGAAUCUGUAUAAAUGGUAUUUUGAAAUUACAUUUUCUUAGGUGGAUAGACAACUGGCAACAUAAAUUGAUGCCUUUAAUGAUUCAAUAAAAUAAGCAAGAAUUUUAUUAAAUAAAUCAUCAAAUCUGUAUUAUAUAUAGAUUUAUUAGUUCUCAACAUGAUAUCUAGAAAUCAAAGAUUUUAUUAGAUGAAUUAUAAAAUAAAUCAGAUAAGUUUAAAAAAGCAAUAGAAGUCAAAUAAGUUUUCAAAUUAGUACUUAUUCAUACAUUUUUCAUAUUAAUUAUAGGAUAAUCCAGAAAGAAAAAUAGAUUUUACUUAAAAAUCUAAAGUUGAAAUGGUUUAGAUGCAAAAUUAACUAGUUUCAAAACAAAAUGAAAUAAUAGACAAUAUGAUUGAUACAACAGGAAGAAUGUAAGUUAAUGCGAAACAUGUUAAUUUGGCAUUAGAGGAGGAUAAAAUUAUUUUAAGAAGAUUGAAUGAUAAUGUAAUAGUAAUUGUUACUUUAGGUUGAAUAAGCCACUCAUGAAAUCAAAGUUACUGAUUCUAAUCUUAAAAGUUUAUUAUCAUACACUAAUGAUUGUUGUUUAUGGACAACCAUAAUAAUAGAAUUUAUGAUUUUUGUUUUUCUUGUUAUAUAUUGA